GCCUCAUCAUCCACAGCAGUCCCUCAACCUCCAAACCCAUCAAUACAGGAUCUACCUACGACCUACAAGCCGCCGACCACUGGCAUCAUUUCCAAAUUACCUUCCUCCUGGAUCCCCUAUGCCGAACUCAUCCGUCUCGACAAGCCAGCAGGCACUUACUAUCUCUUCUUUCCUUGCAUGUUCUCAACUUUGCUGGCUGCUCCGAUGGCUACGCCUAUGGCAACACCACUUGAAGUUGUUUCGACCACCGCCUUAUUCUUUACCGGCGCGCUUAUAAUGCGAGGUGCCGGCUGUACCAUUAACGACUUAUGGGAUCGAAAUCUGGAUCCUCACGUUGAACGAACUCGACUCAGGCCCAUAGCAAGAAAAGCUAUUUCCGUGGAGAAUGCCAUUGUGUACCUAGGUGCACAGCUUCUCGCUGGCUUGACUCUACUUCUUCAGUUCCCUCUGCCUUGUCUGUACUAUGGCAUACCGAGCCUUCUCCUGGUGACCACAUAUCCCUUAGCGAAGAGAGUCACUCACUAUCCUCAAUUUGUUCUCGGCCUGACAUUUUCCUGGGGCGCCAUCAUGGGAUUUCCAGCCUUGGGUAUUGACCUUAUUUCCGACCCCUCAGCAUUGGCUGCUGCUGCAGCCUUGUACUCCAGCUGUAUUGCGUGGACCUUGGUAUACGACAUGAUCUAUGCCUACAUGGACAUCAAAGACGACGCCAAGGCAGGGAUCAAGUCGAUAGCACAGGCUCACGAGCACAAUGCAAAGGCAGCUCUUUCAGCAUUCUCCGCUGUCCAGGUCGGACUGCUCGCGACAGCCGGAUACUUCGCGGGUGCCGGUCCCAUCUUCUUCAUCGGAAGUUGUGGAGGUGCAGCAAUGACCUUGGCCACUAUGAUUAGAAGGGUCAACCUGAAGGAUGUCAAGGACUGUUGGUGGUGGUUCAAGAAUGGAGCCUUACUCACUGGCGGAGUGAUCUCGUUCGGGCUGCUGGGUGACUACCUCCAUCGCCGGACGCAGGAGGAG